GGGGUUGGUUAUUCAACAGGCAACUAGUGAGAGAUGCCUCACUUUAUCUGGGACUUCGGCGUUUUUAUUUUGUACUUAUUUACACGUUUAAACAGUGUCCCACGUAUUUACUAGCUUAGAGAGAUGUGCUGAUCUGUCCCAGUUGUUAAGAUGAUGAGCAGAAAGGAGAGCAGCUAAACUAGUCUUUACAGUAGAGAAGUGAACGCAGAGGUUUACAAAACUGUAAUAUAAGACCAUAAAACAAACAGGAUAUAUUGUAUUUAUCCCAAAAGUUGUGAAACUCUCAGAUUUGUUAUAGAUGUUAAAUAAUGAACACAACUUAAACAGAAUAGAUUGAAUAGCUCUAAUAAGUAGAUUGCGAUAAAGGUCAUUACAAAUAAAAAGGCUAUAUUAUCUAUAUCUUAUACAAAUCAUUUAAAGUUAAAAUAUAUAAUAAUAUAAUAUUAAAUGGUUAUUAAACACGUAGUUCGGUGUAACAGUUUAAGAAGUGGAAAUCACAAUUAAAUACAAUGCAAUAUAUUAUUGAUGCCAAACCUUUAAUCUGCCCAGUUUGUGAUAUAUCAAACUUAGAAAUUAAACAAAAUAUAGGUAUUAAUAAUUGUGCAGCUCAUUUUGCUUGUUAAGUGAUAUCACAACAGAGAUGUGUGUCCUCAGACUGUUGUAACUUUAUGGUCCUUCCUAUGGUAAAUGGAACUGCAUUGUUUCUAAUGAGCACCAGGAAGCAACUCAGGUGAAAACGGCCCUCUGCCCCUAUGCUCUGACCUCAGCCAACCCUUUUCCUUUCAGGUCAUACUGAGUAAAACUCAAAGUCUGUUUUAUAUAAUUAUGGUCAUUUUGAGAAACAGAAAGGAGGAUUACCCAGGAUAUCGUCACUGGUUAAGGAUUUGUCAAUCAGAAGACAUUGUAUAACAGGAAUUCACAAUAUGACCACAAACCAGUGGGUGAUGACACUUUGACUCCACCCAUCUUUCGUACCAUUCAUGGUUCCAAGCUCAGCUUUGUUUAUUCAGCCUUAAAUAAAAUAAGGAAGAAGUUGAUGAUUGGUAACUAGAGAAAAAAUUAUAUUUUCCUUCAUUUGCUCAGAAAGGUUUUAUCUUGACCUUGAAAACAGGGUGUACUUCUUAGGUGAUAGCUUUGUUAACACAGCUGAGAAAUGACCAGGGUUUAUUGGAUGUUGAAAAGCAGUAAAAGUCAAGAAAAUAAACUUUGUCAUUCAGCCACUUUAUAAAACAUUGUUACAACGUCCUUUACAGAACACAAUAAAAAACAGAUCAAAGUAGAAAUGGAGUUUGCCAACCUUUGUGCCUACCUUUAUUUGUCUUUCUUGGUUCCCUGUUGUUCAUUAGUUUUGUUAAAAAUGUAACCAAUAUAUUGUUGGAAAGCAAAGCUUGGUCCUGAUUCAAAGUGCUUCAGGAUGACCUAAAGGUUCAUUGAGCUUACUCAUCUGUAAUUGCUGACCAGGGCUCCUUUGUUCUCCUCAAUUCAUUAUUGAAACUUUCUUGGCUCUGCAGGAAGGGGGAGAAAUUUGAGAUAGCCGACAAGGAGAGAAAAGGAGGAGACUCUGCGAGAUCAGAUAUUCAUGUUGAACGAGGGCUGGCGGAAGGGGGGCAGGGAGUUUAUUAUGGGAAGCGUGCAAAGGAGAACAAACAUGACAGUCGUGGCGUGUUCAGGAGUGAAGAGGCGAGGCAAGGGUGAAUAAUUGAACUCUUCAUACAGCGUACAGUGAGGCUGUGUCUGGCUCUCCAGGGAUGUGAAUUACGGGCCGUAUAUUCAGUAGCAACAAUGAAGGGCCAUAAUCACCCCCAGACCACAGACAGUAAGGAUGAAAAGGAUACUUCAAUGACCUCCUUUGGCAUGGCUGCGCGAGGCCUCCCUUUGGCCUUAGCAUCCAUGACUCAAACUGCUACCUCCGACACGCGCUUCCACCCAAAAUGGCGAGCGAUUGCCGUGGCGACCCUGUUCGCUUUAGUGCUCAUGUUAUAUUUGCACCGGACUGUAGAGGACUGGGAGCGUCCAACCAAAGGUUACUACCGGAACAGGGUUCACAGCUUUCAAAUGCUCGAUGAGGGUGAAGAUGACUUAUUCAGGGACACCAAUAGACAAAUUGCACGAAAACCCGGCCGCCAGCAGAGGAGGGAAAAACCGUACAAUCACACAUAUCCUUUGAGUCCACCUGAGAAGACGCUGCACGGCACCCGUUACCGCAUAGGAGUGAUUGCAGACUUGGACAAAGCGUCACAGAGCUCAAAGGAUCAGACGUGGUUCAGCUACAUGAAAAGAGGUCACCUGACUGUUUCAGCCUCCGGCGACAGACUGGAAGUGGAAUGGGAUGCGGAGACGGUCACCCUGGAGAGUCAUCUGGCUGAGAAAGGACGAGGUAUGGAGCUAUCUGAGCUGGUAGCAUUCAAUGGUCACCUGUAUACUGUGGACGACCGUACAGGUGUGGUGUACAGGAUUGAGGGCAACCAGGCAGUUCCUUGGGUUAUAUUACCUGAUGGUGAUGGCUCAGUCUCCAAAGGUUUCAAGGCAGAGUGGCUUGCAGUAAAGGAUGAGCACCUGUUUGUUGGAGGCCUGGGGAAGGAAUGGACGACGACUUCUGGGGACGUCAUCAACAACAAUCCCGAGUGGGUAAAAGUUGUUGGCGUCAGUGGGGAGGUGGAGCAUCAAAACUGGGUGCCGCACUACAACGCCCUACGGAGUGCAGCGGGGAUCAAACCACCAGGCUACCUUAUCCACGAAUCAGCAGCUUGGAGUGAGCGUCUCCAGCGGUGGUUCUUCCUCCCUCGCCGUGCCAGUCACGAGCGUUAUGAAGAGACGGCAGAUGAGCGGCGUGCCACCAACCUCCUCUUGUCCUGCCCUGCAGACUUCCGCUCCGUCAGCGUGCAGCGCGUCGGACCGCUCAACCUCACACGUGGCUUUUCCUCUUUUAAAUUUGUCCCAGACACAGAUGAUCAAAUCAUCCUAGCCCUAAAAUCAGAGGAGGAUGCAGGCAAGAUUGCCACCUACAUCAUAGCGUUUACACUAGACGGCCAGGUGCUGCUGCCUGAGACAAAGAUAGGAGAUGUAAAAUAUGAAGGGCUAGAGUUUAUUUGAAAGAGGCAGUGCUGAAUAUGCAGCGUUCCUGUGCAAUAUGAUGUGACCAGAUUCAGAGAUUAUAUAACUACGAUUAUUGAGAGACACAAGAAAAGUUAAAAGGGAAACCCUGAAGCAUAGCUGUGUGUCGCCAACCACAGACUGGCUGACUGAUGCAGCCAAAAAACAAAUGUUUUUUAAAGGCAUUACUACUAAAUUUAAGCACUGCUACAUUGCCGUCUAAACUUCCUGGUUUGACACUACUGAGUCUGUUAAACACCAGAUAAGAUGUAGAUCUCUUUUCCUGCAGCCGAACUCUGCUGGUCAGACACUCAGGGAAAUGAGACGAAGGAGCAUUUAAAAAAAAUAAAAGUUAAUGUUCUUACAUUACUUGAAAUAUUUAAGGUCACUUGUUGCUUUGGAUUUUAUUUAUCCUUUUGGAUACACUGAAGUUUUGUCAUAAUAGAAACGGAACAGGCCCAAACAUGUUCACUUGUUUUAUUUCGGCUGUUCUGUAAAUGAUAAGUUAUGCUACGUAAGUCUAGAGGGGUGUACUAUGCAGCAAAAUUAAGCAGGUAGUGAGAUAUGUUGAGUUUGGAGUCAAAGUUUUCAGUGCCACAAAGGUGACUUCUCUUUUACUUUCGUUUGAGAUCAUUAUGCUGAAUGUAAUCUGGGUUUUACAGACCAGCAUGCUUUACUCACUUGUUCUCUCAUGACAUGAGUGACACGUUCCCGUCUGAGGGGAUACAUUUUUAUAUAGAACCUGUUCAGGUACUACUGAACAACAGUGCAGUAAAGUUACUGUGGCACAAACUGUGUCAACUUAGUGAUGCAGAAAAUGCAUAAAUAGGUGUUUUUCUUUGGUCUUACUUUGUUACUAAGUCUAGUUUACACUGUCAGUAUGACAUCCUGAUAGAAGACCAGAGAAUUGAUUAGUCUGUAAUUAUUAAAAAGAAUAUUCACUUAAGAAAAUCAAAUAUUCACUUUAAUUCGGUCCAAAGACUGAGUGACCCAUAUCGUCUUUAUUAUGAGGAAUUCUCAGACUCAAAUGCAGUUUGAAUGUUUAAAUGGAUCCAGUUUAAAAGCUGUAAUACGCAGCUGUCAUAUUAGAAAUAAACCCCAGCAUGAAGUUUGCACUGCAUGGAAAAAUGGCCUAAUAUUUUUUUUAUGUUCUUCAUAUCACUUCAUGACCCAUUUCUGCUGAUUGGCACUCCAUCUGUUUAUGUUGUGCAGAACAGAGUCAAAGGACAUCAAAUGCCCCCCUUUCAUGUGAGUGAGCACAGAGCCUGAAGCAAAAGGCCUAGGGCUGCUUUCACAGUUUUCAGAUCUUCCAGCAGGAUGUCACUCUGAUUUCUUUGCUUCAUAUCAUUGUUACCGCUUUAGCUUUAGUAAACCUGUAGACUUAUUGAUUGUUUGGAUUGAAAUGUAUAAGGCCUUUAAUUAUGUGGUCUAGUUACAAACAGGUGUACAGUUCUGUACACACACACUAUAACCUCUUCUUUGAUUUUCUGUUAGCCAAUCAGAACACAACCAAUGGAUUCUUGGUUUCUUUUGGCUGGUUGAUGGUCAGGCUCUACGUCUUUUUUUUUUUUUUUUUUU